GUGAAGACCCAGGAAAAAUCUCGCUGAAUACGCCUGCCCCAGAACUGCCUUGAUCUGGGAUCUUCUUUCCUUCCUGUGACCGCACCACGCCCGAGAUGAAUCUACGUUCUGUAUUUACUGUAGAGCAACAAAGGAUUUUACAACGUUAUUAUGAAAAUGGAAUGACAAAUCAAAGUAAAAAUUGCUUUCAGCUCAUAUUACAGUGUGCACAGGAGACUAAACUGGACUUCAGUGUAGUCAGGACGUGGGUUGGCAAUAAGAGAAGAAAAAUGAGUAGUAAGAAUUCUGAAUCAGGAGCAACAACAACAGGAACUGUUUCUGGUACUUCUUUGGCAGCUCCAGACGUUACAGUCAGAAAUGUGGUUAACAUUGCUUCACCCUCAAGUCAACAGUCUUCUUGGACAUCGCCCAAUAAUGAUGUCAUCAUAACUGGUAUAUACAGUCCAGCCAGUUCAUCAAGUAGACAAGAGACAACCAAGCAUUCAAACACACAAAUUACAGAAGCACAUAAAAUCCCUAUCCAAAAAACAGCCAGUAAAAAUGAUACUGAGUUUCAGUUGCACAUUCCUGUUCAAAGACAAGUAGCACACUGUAAAAAUGCCUCUUUACUCUUAGGUGAAAAAACAAUUAUUUUGUCAAGACAGACAAGUGUGCUAAAUGCUGGAAAUUCUGUAUACAAUCACACAAAGAAAAACUAUGGAAGCUCUUCAGUGCAAGCCUCUGAGAUGACGGUACCUCAAAAGCCAUCUGUGUGCCACCGACCUUGCAAAAUUGAACCAGUUGGAAUUCAAAGGUCAUAUAAGCCUGAACACACAGGUCUAGCAUCACAUAACUUAUGUGGGCAAAAAUCAUCUGUUAGAGACCCUUACUGCAGAACACAAAAUUUGGAAAUCCGUGAAGUAUUUUCACUGGCAGUUAGUGAUUACCCACAGAGAAUUCUGGGAGGAAAUGCCCCACAGAAGCCUCCUAAUUCAACAGAAGGAACUUGUUUGUCCAUUGCAAUGGAGACUGGAGAUGUUGAUGAUGAGUAUGCCAGAGAGGAAGAAUUGGCAUUGAUGGGAGCACAGAUACCAAGCUACUCAAGAUUUUAUGAAAGUGGCAGUUCCCUUCGAGCUGAGAACCAAAGUACAACUUUGCCUGGACAAGGAAGAAAUAUGCCAAAUUCACAAAUGGUGAAUAUUAGAGACUUGUCAGACAAUGUACUGUAUCAAAACAGAGAAUACCAUUUGACACCACGGACCUCAUUACAUACAGCGUCUACUGCAAUGUACAGUAAUACAAAUCCAUCACGAAGUAAUUUUUCUUCACAUUUUGCAUCAUCAAACCAAUUGAGGUUAUCACAAAACCAAAACAAUUACCAGAUUUCAGGAAACCUUACUGUGCCUUGGAUUACAGGGUGUUCUAGAAAAAGAGCACUACAAGAUCGCACUCAGUUCAGUGACCAAGACUUAGCCACUCUUAAGAAGUACUGGGACAAUGGCAUGACCAGCCUUGGCUCUGUUUGUCGAGAAAAAAUUGAAGCAGUUGCAACUGAAUUAAAUGUUGACUGUGAAAUAGUUCGGACAUGGAUUGGGAAUCGAAGAAGGAAAUAUCGUUUAAUGGGGAUUGAAGUUCCACCUCCAAGAGGAGGCCCUGCUGAUUUUUCUGAGCAGCCCGAAUAUGGUUCUUUGUCUGCACUCACAUCAGGAGAGGAAGCUGGUCCUGAAGUAGGAGAGGAUAAUGACAGAAAUGAUGAAGUAUCCAUCUGUUUGUCUGAAGGAAGUUCUCAAGAGGAGUCAAAUGAAGUUGUUCCAAAUGAGGCAAGGGCUCAUAAGGAAGAGAACCGCCAUGCGGUAUCAGCAGAUAAUGUGAAAAUAGAAAUUAUUGAUGAUGAAGAAAGUGAUAUGCUAAGUAAUUCUGAAGUAGAGCAAGUGAAUUCUUUCUUGGAUUAUAAGAAUGAAGAAGUCAGAUUCAUUGAAAAUGAGUUAGAGAUUCAGAAGCAAAAAAAUUUUAAACUUCAGACAUUUGUAAGAAGCUUGAUACUAGCUAUAAAAGCUGACAAUAAGGAACAACAACAGGCAUUGCUGUCAGAUUUACCUCCUGAAUUAGAAGAGAUGGAUUUCAAUCAUGCCUCGCCGGAGCCUGAUGAUACCUCAUUCAGUGUGUCUUCUUUAUCAGAGAAAAAUGCCUCAGACAGUUUGUGAUUGGGGUGGGGGAGGGAUAUAUGAUACAGCCUUUUGGCUAUCCAACAGGUAUGCAUUUCAAGAUAGUUGCAUUGUGCUGCCCCGAAAUUCUUUAGUUGGAAAAAUAUAUUGCUGAAACAAUGUAUUCUGUGAAGGAUGAAUGAGAUAUAAUGGCUGUGGUGCAAAAUGGCACAGAUGGUACAAAAAAAAGUAUGUAAAAUUUAAAAGCAUUGAGAGUUUUUUCCCAAACUGAUGGAACUCUGAAGGAAAAUGUAUUUAAUUUUGAGCAGUUUAGCUAUGAAAUGCAUAAUGCCUAAUUACUGAAAGGUCUUUUUUUGUUUGUUUGUUUAAUAGAUGAAUAUUAGUUUUAGUAAUAGUUUUGACCAGAGACACAAAAAGAUAUUUCAACACAGCUUAUCAAGUUACUGAAGCUUGACUAGUCGUGUUUUUGUAACCAUUACAUCUUUCUUCCUCUCUCCUUUUCCUGUCAUCCAGAUACACUUUUACUC